UGGACGUCACGUGGUCUACAUUGCGGAAGACAAACAAUGUUUUCAGACUUUGUACAUAUCUCCUAAACUCCACAGCUAUUUCCCCAAAUCGGACUGUGUCUUUUUUUAUCUGAAUGCAAUCAUGUCAGCAGUUGUUGACGUCCUGAUACCCUUCGUGCUUUGCAUAGCGCUUGCAAACACUGACAUUUUCAACGAAGUUCUGGUGGACGUUACUUACGAUCACUAUGCGGAGGAAAAAGUCGACAAUCUGCCCGCCUUCCUGGCUAUGCCGUUCAACUGCCUGAUAAAUUUAGGAUACAUAUUAUUGGGUAUCUAUUGGCUCCUUCAACCGGUAACAGACUGUAAAGACAGCCGUGCAGUCGCCUAUGCCAAGAACGUAUUCGCGCUCAUGGCAAUCGCGUACGGGCCCGUGCAGUGGGUGCGUUUGUCCACCUUGCGCCGCGCACCCUCAGUUUUGGACCAGUGGUUCACUUUUCCAAUUUUUGCAUGGGUGCCGGUGUGGUGUAAUGUCAUUGUUAACGGCUGGUCGUCUCGUUACACCAUAAUAGUUGAAACGUGUUCAAUUCUCAGCUAUGGACUGGCGCUAUUACACGACCGUGGAUUUGAAGUUGCAUUGGGUUGCCACAUCGCCUUCGCAGUGUUUAAGGGUGUCCAAGCGCAGAAGAGUCACGGAGAUGCUGUGUCUAUGCGUUACUUUUGUUUGGCUGCGCUUUCCUGCUUUGGUUUUGUGGUUCUGAAGCUUCUGGAUCAUACUCUUGCGGAGUACUGGGUGUUUCAAAAUCUCACCGGACAUUUCUGGUCCAAAGUUUGCGACAUUCUUCAGUUCCAUUAUGGUUUUUGUUUUCUCACGCACCUCAGUAAAAAAACUCCAUAAACGAUCAUGAACGAAAUGUUAGCGUGUAUAAUAAUAUGGAAUAAAUACAAUAUACACACCUGAAGCAAACUCCUGCUUGACCUCCUGUUUUUAAUUAAGAGUGUUACGUAAAGAUAAUGUGGUAACACUUUACAAUAAGGUGCUAAUUAUUAACAAUUAGUUAAUGCAUUCGGUAAGAUGAACUAACAAUGAACAUUUAUUAAUGUUAGUUCGUGUUAAUUUCAGCAUUUUCUUACUAAUACAUUAUUGAAAUUAAUGCACCAUGAACUAACGUGAAUAACUGUAUUGACAUCAGGCGCGUCGCACCCGUGGGGGAUGUGGGUGUUUUAACACCCACACUUUUCCCGGUGAGAGGGUUCAACACCCACACUUUUUCUGCAGUUUUUCCGCAGUUUUGCACAAACGCCUUACAGCCGUCGCUCCUCCGUUUCUCUGGCCGCUCUGUGUCUGAGCUCGCUGCGACUGCCUGCUCUCCCCUCCCUCUCAAACAUGACACUGGCUUUGAAUGUGACCGGCUGAUGAUUGGCUGUUCUGCCUUAAGUCCCGCCUCUCUUGGUGUGUUAGAUUUAUCGGUCAGCUCGUGCUGAGGAGGCGGGAAUUUAUGGUUAUCGUUAUUUACAUCUCCCUUUUCCAGCAGUAUGAGCACUGCCUCUCGGAAGUCUUUAUUUGUGCAGUAGAUGAAGGGGUUCAAACAACAGUCCAGAUACGCCAUGACGGAUGAAAGUGAUCUCAGCCAGUCAGGAGAAGGAGACAGGUCGAGCCUUCCGAGGAGAAUUAACUAACAGAAGAAGAAUAAACAGAAUCAUUGCAGCGGAGAUAAUAAGAAAGUCAUUUAGGAAUGACAUGAAGAUGCAGUAAAUGGAGCAUAACAGAACAGAUACAGGAUCACCAGUAGUGGAGUGACAGAAGACAGGUCAUCCUCACUACAAAGAGAUAAAAUAGGCCUACACAUGCAACCUCAUAACAGGAUGAGUCUUAUCAAGUUCAAGCCAAAUUUCUAUGUGCACCAGAUGCAAUUUUACACACCUGGCACAGUUUUUCCCAUAUCCUACAUAAGUCAGGAUGCAGCAGAACAGUAUAAGAAUUAAUGGGACAAAGAUGGAGAUUGAGAAGGUACAGAGGAUGUAAACCAGCAUGUCGGAGUAACUGCUUUCCCAGAAAACUGCACACAGCAUUUCUGCAGGGUCAUACCUGAACCAAGAAUAAUGUGAGAAAUGACAUUUUUGAAUGUGGAUUUGGAAAAUCUGAUUUUUUAGUUAAAUUAUGGUACAGACUCACUUUAUCCAGUUAUAGCCUACCGGCACUGCUCCAAACAUAGUUCCAGUACACCAUGAUGCCAAACAUGCUAUUGCCAUGAGAACUGACAGCCCUUUACCUUUGGAGGGGAUACCUAAAAAACGCUGAACACAGAGAACCGCUGAGUUGUAGGGAAGAAGCAGAGAGAAACAAGAUGAUAGAUUUCGUUAUUCCAGUUUUGCUCAUAAUUUCAUGCAUCCUUUAAGGAAUCUGAAGAUAUAAUUUUUUAUAUAAUGUAAGACGAAAAUGCAAAAUAUCGAUUUUGUUUUUAUGUAGUACUGCUGUGAUGCAAUAAAGGAAAUAAAUAUUUUCUGCUGA